UGUGUGCGACGUCGCGUUCUCGAUUCGUUCAGCUUCGUUAACUGAUAUUCUGUACUUGCCGGAACGCAUCCUCUAAACCAUCGUACCAAUGGGUUAUCAGCUAGAAAUCAUCCACAUCUUGCUCUGUGUGGCGUUCGAAGUGUUCACGUACUGUGUGUUGUGCUUCAACCUGAUACGCCACUACAUUCAGCAGGGCCAGAUACAGUACCAACUUCAACAGCAGCUCCAGAAUCAGCUCCAGCUGAACGCUAACUGACCGGUGAUCCAUCAUUAUCCCCUACUAUCGCACCACAAACCGAGGAAGAAAACGUGCCAACGUGAACGGCACUUAAAGUUUGAAGAAAAAUCUCUAGAAGAAAGAAGAAAAAGUGCGACAGAAAAUGUGAAAAGCGGCACCGAUCGCUGGUGGUGUCUCCGCAAAGCUGCUCGAGCAGCGGUAGUGUCGGCGGUGUGGAAAACGAGCAGCAAGCAGUAGUGAUAAGCGAACAAGUAGCGUAUAGGAAAAGCAGUGAAAAUGACGACGUUGUGAAAACGAACCCCCCCCCCUCCCCUCCAAUCCGUUUACUGGUGGAAGCGCGAAGUGAAAAGGAGCUUCCUUCACCUUUAUAUGCGUGUGUGUUUGUGAAGAUCGGUUGUGAAGAUGAUGAAACGAAACUACGAUGUGCAGCACGUGGCGGCGGCUGGCAGCUUGGCCGGCAGCAAGCACGGAAAGUCGUCGUCCAAUCUGUUCGACAAGCUGAGCAAGCGCUACUCGGGCGUGAUAGGCGCCCGGUUCCUGCGCAAAACGCCUGGCCGCAAGGGUGGCGUGGCGGAACCGCUGUCCGAUAGCUACGACAUGUGCGGCAACCGGUCGGAUGACUUCCGGCCCGAGAUCGGCGCACCGGUGCUUAUCUCUAAGACGAUGAAGUUCGAUUUCGAUACGGACUCGGAGGUGGAGCAGCUACCGCUGCCCAGUGUGCCAACGAUCGGGGGGCGCGUGCGCUCGGUAGCGACGCCGUCCACGUCGGAAGAUAGCGAGAACGAUGUGUUUGUGGAUGCGAACAGCUCGCUGCCGAACUUUGGCGAGAUCAAGUUUACCUUUCUGCCGGAAAGCAACAACAACUGUCGCAGCUUUCAGGACGAAAACGUGCGGCACAGCGGUGGUGGCCAGAUGCUGGAGAAGAGUCGUUCCAAGUCGGCGCACAACCUGCAUCUGCAUCAUGCCGGGUCGGAGAUGCGGCUUUCGCUUGCGAAGGCACCAUCGUUGAAUAUAUCGGCCAGCACGGCCAACGGUGCCAUCGUAACACCACUGUCCGUACCGAACAGUCCGGCGGUGGAGAGUAUUUACGACUUUCCGCGCAGCACCCGGUCGGACGGGAUCCGGAAGCCGCACGGUGAUUCGUCGUACGAUCUGACGCGCUCCCAUCACGUGCUGAACGAGAUCAGUCUGUCGCUGGUGAGUGAUGACAGCCACCUGUACCAAAACCUGCCCAGCCCGGCCGAUGCACGGUACGAUGUGCCACCGGCGUCGUCCGGGCGGCGACGUCGCGAUUCGUCCGCCUCUUCCAGCAACUCGACGCAGGAGGAGGAGUUCGAUCUGAAGUCGGCCAGCUUUCAAAGCUUGGCUGAUGCCGGCCCCGGUGCCAACCAGCUAGCGGUAUCGAUGGACGAGCUGGACGAGCUGACGCGCCAGAUCAAUCAGUCGACGGUGGGGCUGGGCACGCCGCUUCCGGACAGUGAUGAGUACUGCGAGCAUCGGAAGCAGCUCCAUCCGUCCGAGCGGCGGCUGACGCUGAUGAAGAACCGAAGCGUGUCCGGCAAGCACCUGAUCGACUUUGACCGGCGGAAGGCAAAGAUCACAAAGAAGUGGAGCGGCUUCAAGAGUUGGAUCGGGGAGGAGCAGGGCCGCAUACGCGAGGUGGUGCAGAAGCAUGCCGCCAUGCAGCGGGUCGGCGUGGAGUCGUCCGGUACGGGCGGUAAGGCGGUGAAGCGCGCUAACAGCGAUCUCACCGCGAGCGAUCAAGACUCGCGGCAGGAUGUCGAGGGGACGGUGGUGACGACACCGGAAUCGAGUGUCGUGCAGCGGGAUCGCACGCUAUCGUCAGAGGACCGGGAAGGUGCACGGACGAUGCACCGGAAGAGUGCCAACGCAGAGAUACUGGAGGGUCAAAAUGGCUUCGAGGAAGUACGCCGCUUCGUCAAGCAGGGCGGUGACUUUGGUAAGGAUCUGGUAGCAAUCCUGCACGAGCGCACCGAGAUCGAGCAGCUGUACGCCAAAUCCCUGUCCAAGAUUGCCAACAAGCUGAACAAAGCAUGUCGUGACCUGCCCGGCACGAUAGCCGAAUCUUGGCGCUCCGUUUCGACCGAGCUGGAGGGGCGCAGUGAAGUGCACCGGCAGUUCUCCAACUCGCUGGCGGAGGAGGUGGUCAAACCGCUGAAGACAGUGAUCGAAAAUCAGCACAAAGCGCGCAAAACGAUCGAAACCAACGUGGACAAAUCGGCCCGCAUACUGGCGGAGUGGCGGACGGCUGAGAUAAAGGCGAAGAAGAACUCACACGGCGCGGCGCGGGAAAAUGAGAAGCUGCAGGACGCUAUGCUCGAUGUGAAGCUUCAGCGAACUCCCUCGAUCGGGCUGCUCCACAAGACAAGCGAGAAGGACGUGAAAUUGUCAGAGAAAGACAGCAGCAAGCUGGAGGGAAAGCGAAAGAAGGCCGAGGAGGCGGUCAAGAAGGCGGACGUAGAAUAUUACACGCUCUGCAUCCGGGCGGAAAGGGCGCGUGUCGACUGGGAGAUGUCGGUGCUGCGAGGCUCCUCCAUGUUGCAAACGCUCGAAAGCCAACGGUUGGCCCAGUUCAAGACGUACGUCACCGAUUACCUCAAGCUGUCGGCCGAGAUGAGCCCGCUGCUGACGAAAACGAUCGACCGGCUCAGUCCGCAGGUCGCCAUGUGCAGCGUGGCCAAGGAUCUGGACGUGCUAAAGAACAUCAGGCGGGCGACGGAAGGACCGAGCGAGCAGCUACUGCCCGACUUCUACUGUGAACACACGACCCUCGCCAUGAAUCGGGAGCGACGGAAACAGUCGCUCGUGAAGCUGCUCCAGCUGAUCCGGCAAGAUUUGGACCGGGAGCGACGCUCGCGCAAUGGGCUGAAGGGUUUCUCCCAGACGCUGGACAAGAACGGCGAAAGCAAUCAGAACAUUGCCGACAAGCUGUAUCACAUUCGAUCGAUGCUCACAUAUCUAGAAGGAGCGCGAUAUAAACUACAGUCAGCUCUUCUCGAACUCGAUCACAAGCCACGUUCCAGCCAUCCCUUAGCACAACACAUUCAGAUCACGCGAGAUCGCACCGGCCUGCAAACAAGCGUACUGAAGGUUCCGUUAUGGCUAAAGCACGAACAGGACGACCAAGAGGGUACGCAAGAGUCUGUAGCAGCCAACGGUCAAACGACAAUCCUCAGUUCGGACGACAGCUCCGAUCAGGGAUGUUUGGACAUUAAAAACGAUACGCUCAUCAAACACAUAGUGCACAAGUACGCACGAAAUGGAUGCAAUGGGGACGAAGGACACUAUACAACAACUAAGGCUGGCAAAUCGGCACAUCAGGACGACCAUCUUCACGGUCCGGCCUGGGAUCGAGGCGUUGCCGAUGGAGUCUCCAACCAACCCGACUCCGAUUUUGAUGAGUUUUCCUCCCAAGACGAAGACGAAGAUCGCUGCUCGGUGGCACCGAAACAGAUGCUCGAAAACGGUUGCCAUCCGGCACCGUCCGUUGACCAUCCGGACGCUGUUGCCGGCCAGCCGGUCAUAUUGGGCCGCUGCCGAGCCUUAUUUAACUACACACCAAAGCUUUACGACGAGCUGGAGCUGCAGCCGGGCGACAUUCUCGAGGUGCACAUUAAGCAGGAGGACGGCUGGUGGCUCGGAGCACUUCGCGGCCAGAUUGGCAUCUUUCCGGCAACGUACGUGGAGGAGAUACCGUAGCGACAUACAGGCUGGUGCGGUGUAAAUAGCUCGUGUUGUAUUUGUAAAAGUGAAGCAGGAGAGCAGAGAACGCAAUACGCAUUAUUGAUUUUAACGAAGGCAGCGCAGUAUGUGUACCAUAGAGAAAGAAUAGCUAAUGUAGUACCAUCGAAAGCAAUCUCUCCUACUAGAAAUAUUGUUUAAGCGCGCCACCUGGUAACAGACUGGAGUGAGUAAAAUAUCUAUCGAAGUGCGUGAAUGGAUCGAAUGUACAUAAGCGGAGGUUGUGGAUAGAAUGUUACGAGAUAUGACGAAACGCAAAGAAAACUAUCAAACGCACACGGUUUUGCGAAGUAAACGAUAGGAUGUUGAGAGGAAGUGAAUAAAGUGAGUAAAAGAUUUAUAUUUAAAA